CACACUCGUGUCUCAAUUAAGACUCACGACUCACGACUAAUCUCGACUCUUGACUCUUGACUCUUGACUCUUGACUCUUGACUCUUGACUGGCGACGGUGAUUCACUCAACUGCGGCUUGAUCUACCGGUUUCGAUUCAUUCCAAUCACGACUGCGCAUUGUCCGUUCCCUCCUUCGCCAUCUUCUUGCUUCGAACAUGGCCGGCCCCAAACCUUGAUGCACGCAGCUAUCAUCGACCCUAAGCUGCAUCAUCGCCAAUACAACAAGCAAUGGAGAGGUUCAAGAUGGCAAUUGAGGUCAACGGUGCAGCAUCGGCCGCUGCAAAGGGUCGGUCGGGCCGGCGAUGGCAUUCACGCGUGCUGCUGAGGACGAGCGCCAUUUUGGCUUCCCUGAUCCUUGCUUGUCUUGUUGCCAUCGCUCUACCCUUGACGUUCCCAGGUCUCUUUGUGAGCGCACAGCAGACGGCACAGGUAGAGGCAUUCUUUGCGCGUAAUCACCAGCAGCAGCAGCAGCAGAGCGGGCAUCCAAGCUGGGACGUGCCGGUGACCGCGAAUGGAUCUGCUGCGCGACUGGCCGAUGACGCAGGACACACCAACAACUGGGCCGUGCUCGUCAGCGCCAGCAAAUUCUGGUUCAACUACAGACACAUGGCCAACACGCUGGGAAUGUAUCGCACAGUGAAGCGACUGGGCAUUCCCGAUUCCCACAUCAUUCUCAUGCUGGCGGAUGAUGCUGCUUGUAACUCGCGAAACCUCAGUCCAGGCUACGUUUGGGCCGAACCGGGUAGGAGCUUGGAUCUGUAUGGCCAGAAUGUCGAGGUGGAUUACAGAGGCUACGAAGUCACAGUCGAAGCUGUCCUCAGACUGCUCACUGGAAGAGUGCCCCUCAACACUCCUCGGUCAAAGCGCUUGGAGUCGGAUAGCAGGUCAAACGUCUUUUUGUACAUGACUGGCCAUGGCGGCGACGAAUUUUUAAAGUUUCAAGACUACGAAGAGAUCUCCGCUUUCGACUUGGCCGACGCAAUAGAGCAAAUGUGGGAAAAGAAGCGAUACCAUGAGCUCUUCUUUAUGAUCGACACCUGUCAAGCCAACACCAUGUACAGCAAGAUAUACAGUCCUCAUGUGAUCGCAACUGGAAGCAGCAAAAAGGAUCAGAAUUCGUACUCUCAUGGCACGGACGAGGAGCUUGCAAUCGCCAUGUCUGAUCGUUUCACGCUCGAGAUAUUGGAUUACAUGGAAAGCGUCAACAAGACGUCGAGCAGGAGCCUGCAAGACUUG